ACUCUCCACUCUCCAUCCUCAUCUCUCUCUCUCUCUCUCUCUCUCUCUCUCUCCUAAACAUGGAGCAAACCAAGCCCCUUCUCCCUCCUCUCACCUCCCCCCAAACCCUAGAAACCCUCGAAACCCUAGAAUCCCAAUCCCCGUCGCAGGAGGAAGAGCACCUCAAACCCCUCCCCAUCGCCUCCCUCUCCCUCUCCCUCUCCUCGCUCCUUUCCCUCGCCUCGAAACCCUCCCCCCCGACCCUCUCCUCCUUCAAGACCCGCAUCAAGAUCCCCUCCCAGAUCACCUCCCUCGCCCACCUCUCCUCCUCCUCGCCCAAGCCCCCUCGCCGGAGCUCCAGCGCCGCCGCAGCCUCCCUCCUCCGCGCGCCGUCGCAGCUGCUCCGCCGCCCGCCCGCCGACCCCCGCGCCGGCGCCGCCGCGGGGCGCCGCUGCGGCCUCGUGUGGUUCCGCGCCGACCUCCGCGUCCACGACAACGAGGCCCUCGCCGCGGCCUCCGACGCCUCCCUCUCCCUCCUCCCCGUCUACCUCUUCGACCCGCGCGACUACGGCCGCUCCUCCUCCGGCUUCGACCGCACCGGGCCCUACCGCGCCGCGUUCCUCCGCGACUCCGUCGCCGACCUCCGCCGCCGCCUCCGCGCGCGCGGCUCCGACCUCGUCGUCCGGAUCGGGCGCCCCGAGGUCGUCCUCCCCGAGGUCAGGGCCGAGGAGAGGGUGGCGAAGGCCAUGGAGAAGGAAGGGGUGGAGGUGAAGUACUUCUGGGGGAGCACCCUGUACCACGUCGACGAUCUCCCCUUCGAUCUCGAUCGGAUGCCCUCGACCUACGGCAGCUUCAGGGAAAAGGUGCAGGGGGUGGCGGUGCGGAGGACGAUCGAGGCCCUGGACCAGAUCAAGGGGCUCCCGAAGCGGGGCGGCGUCGAGCCCGGCGAGAUCCCGACGUUGGCAGAGCUCGGGCUCAAUCCGGCCCCCGCCAUGUCGCAGGAUGGGAAACCUGCCGCCGUUACUUCUUCUCUCGUUGGCGGCGAGACUGAAGCACUGGAAAGGCUGAAGAAGUUCGCAGCUGAAUGCAGUAUGCAACCUAAAAAGGGGGACAAAGAUAGUACUCGAGACAGCAUCUAUGGUGCAAACUUCUCCUGCAAAAUCUCGCCGUGGCUUGCUACGGGAUGCCUUUCUCCACGCUUCAUGUAUGAGGAGCUGAAGAAGACUGCGACUAAGGCAAUUUCGGCUGCAACAAAUCAGAAGAAUGGUGCUGCUGGAUCGGAUAACGGAAUGAACUGGCUGAUGUUUGAAUUACUAUGGAGAGAUUUCUUCCGGUUUAUCACCAAGAAAUACAGCACUGGGAAGAAUGCCGAAGUUGAACCCGCCACAGCUUGCACUGGUGCUCUUGCUUGAAGUGAUAAGAGUCCGAAUCCGGACAACAUAUCCAGGUUUAUAGUUCCAUGAAUCUUUGGGCCUUGAGAACAACUGAGUAUGGAUGUUCAGAUUAGAGGAUUCAAGAAGUGCACCUUUUCAUUCUCAUUUUGCGAUUUAUCGCCCCCGGAAUAAGUGCUGUAGCUUUGUUCGAACACCCUUUUAUUAUUUUUAUACAUUAUGGAUAAGUUUUCGUUUCCGGAAUGUGUUA